AUGGAUAGUAUGGAUACAUCUAAGCUGUGUAGAAGUUGUAUGAAGGAAGUGGCGUCGUGGGAGAGAGAAAACUUUGAUAUCCGAGCUGUAGAAAUGUUCUGUUUUUGCACCAAUAUGAAGAUCACAAAUGAUGAUAAACUACCAAGGCAGUUCUGUUACGACUGCAUCAUUAAAAUUGAAUCAUCAUUUACAUUCAUUACUGAAGCUCAGAAAGUUGAUGCUGUAUUAAAAAACAUUAUCUCCAGAACAAAUACUAGUGUAAUAGUGAAACAGGAGCCAAAAAGUAUAGAAUUGAGAUUGAAAUUACCAGAUUAUAAAGUUAGUGCAACCAUAGAUAAGGAACAGGUUAUAUUUGAUAAAGAUUUAAAAUCAGAAAUAGAUGACAUUAAUGUUGAAAUAAUUAAAAAUGAAGUUAAUAGUAGUAUUGAAGAAAGAGACAAACAGGAUAAGCACAAGGAAGGUGGGACAGAGAGAGUAUGUGUAGAAGAGAUCAAGAAGCAUAUUUGUCCUCUUUGCAGAAAACAGUUUACAUCUAAGUCAUGGUUUAAUAAACAUAUUGAAAAGGAGCAUAAUGGUCCUAAGCUUGUGUGUAAAAAUUGUCAGAAAUCAUUCUCAAAAAAAUGGGAACUAAUACAGCACUCAGCUUGCCACACCGAGGAACGCAAGUAUUCGUGUACUGAAUGCGGGAAAUGUUUCAAGCGACGCAAACAGUUGACGACACAUGCGCGUGCGCACAGCGACUUGCGACCUUUCGAAUGUGACAAGUGUGGGAUGAAGUUUAAAUUCAAAAGCGUGCUGAAGACACACGUGAGCUUGCACGAGGGCGAUAAACCGUUCCUGUGCUACUUCUGUGGAUGGAGUUUCGCCCGAGCGGGUAACCUCGAAGUUCACAUGCGGAAGCACACGGGUGACAAGCCUUACUCGUGCAACGAGUGCAACUUCCGGUCUUCAGUAGCAUCCAGUCUGAAACGUCACCAGCGGAUACACCGCCUGGCCAGGAUCUACGUCUGCAAGGACUGCAACAAAGGCUUUUACGACGCCAGCGGCCUGGCUCGACACGCACGCACGCACACUGGGGAGCUGCCGUUCCAGUGCCCCGGUUGUUCCCGCGCCUUCGCCGACAGCUGGAAGCGCAAGUCGCAUCUCAUGCGUGCACACCGUCUCGCUCUGCACGACAUACCGCGCAUGCAUAGGGACGGACGUACCAUACACUGA